AUGGACAAAGUUGGUGUGUGGAAGGCGGCCUUCUUCUACCGCCUGAGGGGGAAGCCACCCGAGGGAAUAGCCCUUUCGGUAGAUGGCGUCCGCGUCCCCAUAGGGACCAAGAUCAAACUACUUGGUCUCUGGCUGGACUGUACAUGGAGUUUCGGCGAGCACAUAGUCAGCGUUGCCCCCAGGGCUAAGGCGGUGGCAAACAUCCUCUGUCGCCUUAUGUCCAAUCUCAAAGGGGUAGGCAACAGGGCUUGCCGACUCUACGUGGGAGUAGUGCAUUUGAUCGCCCUAUACGGGGCACCGAUCUGGGCCCCGAAAAUGAUGGCUACCGAGCGCCUAAGAGCACCCAUGCGCAAGGUGCAGAGGCAGGUGGCCAUUAGGGCGGUAAGAGGGUAUCGCACCAUCUCCCACGCGGCAGCUUCGACUCUGGCCGGGAUUCCGCCCAUCGAACUUCUGGUCGAUAAAUUCGCCAAUGUUUUCUGA